CAAGGAGCUCGACAACAAGGCGAAGAAGAAGAAGGCGAAGAAGAAGAAGACGAAGAAGAAGAAGAAGAAUCGGCAGUGUGACUUCCGUGCUUGACGGAAGCGAACCGCCUCCCAUCGCCAGGAUCGAGUGGUUUUGCGAUAGCCGCUUUCCCCGGCAAUGCCGAGCGUGCCGGUGUUCGCCUGUUUUCCGGCGCUGGAGGUUCGGGAUGUUCCGGCGACGGGAAGCUCGUGAGGCUGUUUUCAUGUAGUUGACUGCGGAUGAGUGCUUCCGGGAUGGUGGACUAACUGUGGGAGUGAGACCCUCUGGUAUUCCGGUCUCGAUAAGGGGAGAGGAUGGUGCUUAGUAAGAUUGCGGAUCUCUUUUCGGUGGUAAAGGGCCGGGGUUCGGGUCCGCAUGCCUCUGGCGUUCGGUAUAUGUUGCCGUCCGGAUUGCCUUCUCAUGGGGGUUCUUCUGCUUAUACUUCUGGCUUCACGCACACCGGGCAUAAGAACAAUAUGCGGCAUUCGUCGUCUCUCCAAGAUUUAUCGUCAUAUCACGGGCUUGUUUUCGACGAUGGCAAUCUCAAUGGGACACACUCUAAGCCUCCCCACCCUUUGUUGAGAGAUAAUGUUGGGUCUAGCUUUUCAAAGGAGAAGUCUUUGCCCGGAGGAACUGCAUUUCCACGGAGGAAGUGGAUACGGAGGAUCUUGGUUCUUUUGUGUCUUCUUUUAUUUUUACUAUUAAUAUACAUGGUGUCAAUGUAUGCCCAUGCAUAUUGGUCUCGAGGAACGUCCAAAUUUUAUGUCGUUUUAGAUUGUGGGAGCACGGGAACUAGAGUUUAUGUAUAUCAAGCAUCUCUUAAUUACAAGAAAGAUGGGAGCCUUCCUCUUGUGAUCAGGUCAUUCAAUGAAGGUGUAAAGAAGAAACCCCGAUCCCAGAGUGGACGUGCAUAUGAUCGAAUGGAGACUGAACCUGGAUUCGACAAGUUGGUCCGUAAUGUAUCUGGCUUGACUGCUGCGAUAAAUCCACUUGUUUGGUGGGCAAAGAAGCAAAUUCCCAAGCAGUCUCACAAGACUACAUCUCUCUUUCUCUAUGCCACAGCUGGGGUCCGGAGACUACCAGAUGCUGAUUCAAGGUGGCUUCUUGACAAUGCAUGGUCCAUAUUGAAAACUUCACCUUUCUUUUGUAAGAGAGAGUGGGUUAAGAUCAUUUCCGGAGUGGAGGAAGCUUACUAUGGAUGGGCUGCUCUAAACUAUCGCACACACAUGUUAGGUGUUAUGCCAAAGAAAGCAACAUUUGGUGCACUCGAUCUUGGCGGCUCCUCCUUACAGGUUACAUUUGAGAGCAAGGACAACAUGCGUAACAGUUCCAGCUUAAAACUUAGAAUAGGUGCGAUUGACCAUCAUCUCAAUGCCUAUUCUCUCUCUGGAUAUGGUCUGAAUGAUGCCUUUGACAAGACUGUUGCUCGUCUUGUCAUGGCUCUUCCUGAAAGCAAAAGUACGGAUCUAGUGAAUGGCAAUGUAGAGCUUAAACAUCCUUGUUUGCAUUCCGGAUACAAGGAGCAAUAUAUCUGUUCUCAAUGUGCAUCUAAUUUUAAAGAGGGUGGAAGCCCUGUGGUUCAGGGAAGAAAGAUAGGUAAAGGUGGGAAACCUGGAAUCUCCCUGCAUCUUGUUGGUGCCCCAAAUUGGGAGGAAUGCAGUGCACUUGCAAAGGUUGCCGUUAAUAUUUCCGAGUGGUCACGUCGAAGCCCAGGAAUUGAUUGUGACUUGCAACCAUGUGCGCUACCGGACAAUCUGGCUCGUCCUCAUGGCCAUUUUUACGCCAUGUCUGGUUUUUUUGUGGUAUAUCGGUUUUUCAACCUGACUGCUGAUGCGUCACUGGAUGAUGUGUUGGAGAAGGGACGUGAGUUCUGUGAAAAAACUUGGGAAGUUGCAAAAAACAGCGUGGCCUCACAGCCCUUUAUUGAACAAUACUGCUUCAGGGCACCCUACAUAACUUUAUUGUUGCGAGAGGGAUUGCACAUUACAGAUAACCAAAUUACUAUUGGAUCUGGAGGCAUCACUUGGACACUUGGAGUUGCACUUUUGGAAUCAGGAAAAGCAUUUCCCAUGCGAAUGGGCUUGCACAGUUACGAAAUCCUCCAAAUGAGGAUAAAUCCAGUACUUCUUAUCGCAAUUUUGCUGACAUCCCUGUUUGUCCUGCUUUGUGCACUGUCACGCAUUUACAAUUGGAUGCCAAGAUUUUUCAGGAGGCCAUAUCUCCCACUUUUCAAGCAUAAUAGUACUUCUGCAGCAUCUGUUUUGAAUGUUCCUUCUCCAUUUAGAUUCCAGCGGUGGAGUCCCAUCAGUUCAGGCGAUCAAAGAGUUAAGAUGCCUUUGAGUCCAACAAUUGGUGGUUCUCAGCAAGGACCUUUUGGAUUUGGACAUGGUCUUGGUGGGAGUGGCAUCCAGCUAACAGAAUCGUCUCUAUAUCCAUCAACUAGCAGUGUUUCUCAUAGUUUUUCUUCUAGUAGCUUGGGGCAGAUGCAAUAUGAUGCUAGUGGCAUGAGUCCUUUCUGGUCUCCUCACAGAAGUCAGAUGUGUCUACAGAGUAGGAGAUCACAAUCUCGAGAAGAUCUAAACUCUUCUUUGGCUGAGGCACACAUGGCGAAAGUUUAGAGCAUUCUUCCCCUGAAAUUUUGGAUACUACCAAGCUGGGGUUUAUCUUCUGCUCAGUAACAUUUUCUGGUUAUCUUGAGCUUAAAAGUCAUGGUUAUGGCUUCCGAUGAUUGGGUUUUGUACGCCUAAAACCUUGACCAAAGACUGCGAAAAGCACGGUUGCUUAUCAGAUCCCUUGUUCUCGAUGUUCCUAGGAACUAUGGUUCUGUUAACCUGAAGAGAAUGUCUCAUGAGGAAGCAAGUGACGGGGGAAAACGCCGGGGGUUUUGGAUGGCUGAGCUGGAGAGAAAAAGAACAGUGUGACAGGCCUGUCAACACAUAUACGUUAAAUGAACACAAUGUCCAUAUAAUUCUGGAAUUUAAUAAAUUAACCUCUUACUGUUCUAUGUAGUUCCUUUUGACCUAAGCAGAUUAGAUGAAGAAACUGUGACCGGAGGGAAAUAAAUUUGAAGCACCCUAAUAUGGAAGCAUUGGCUUUGAAGCUAUUGGGCAACUCUUACACUAUCGCAUGAUAACACUUCUUAUACCCUUUCCAAGAAAACUUAUUGCUGUCAUUUUUGGGGGAAAAUGGAAUGAUUGGUUAAAUUCUGGGUAUUAUUCUUUCUAGUUAGCUUUGUCCACUGAUCAAUGAAUCUCAUGGGUUUCUUUUCCUGUGGGGUUCAAGACUAGUUCUCCAUUUGUUGUUGAUCUUUCUAAUUGAGAAAGACCUUAUGUCCUCGUGGAUCAGUAAGAUGUAUAGCCUUUUCUA